GUUAAAUUUUUGAAAACAUAUCUGUUACGCGCGUCUGCAAAAUAUAUAUGUAUGAGUGCGUAUAGUACAACUAUUUUUCUCAAAAUGGCUGUCAACUUUUGUUUACUGCUCGUCAGCUGAGUUUAAUACUGAUUUUUUUAUUACGGAAUUUACGGAGAAAACAAUUAGUCAUAAAUAGAUGGAAUUUCAAACGGAUGGUGUGAAGGAAAAAAUAAAUGCGCUCAGCACUAAGUGUCAUAUUGUCGAGUCCAGUGCCCGACAAUAAAAUGUCUCAUCCAGAUUAUGAGCAAACGGCUCAUGAUCACGCAACGAUAUUAAUAUUACUUAAACCAAUAGGCACGCAAAUCAAGCAGAAGACUGUGACUCGAGUGUGUGAAAGAAUUAUCAAAUGUGGAAGCAGAUUCUCUGUGGUUGAUUCGACAAAUAACACUCGUGAGAUACUUGCUAGGUUUGUUAAAGAUCAUCCUGUAGAAAAUAAUGAUUGGGGAGAUUUUCAGACUCAUAGAAGAUUAAUAGGACUCAUAACAUUUGGAAAAUAUGAUAAUCAGACUGAAUUGAAUGAACUUUGUAGACUACAUGAAACCCUCAAAGUUAAGUACACUCAAACAUUGUAUGAUUCAAGAGCCAUUUUAUUGGGACCAGUAGCAUCAGAAAACGUGAAUGAACCUCCACAAUCUUUCACUACACCCCAUAACUUUAAAACAGUGGGAAUUUUUUAUAGUGAUGAGUCAUGUCCAGAUUUAGAAUCUCAAAUGAUGCAAUGUUUUCAUUCACUUUUCUAUAUUUUGGAGUCAAAGAGAUUAGAGCGUUCCAGAGAAAAGAUUGAGAAAGUUGCUUUACUACAAGCACCAUUUGAAAAGAAAGAUUUCAUAGGCUUAGAUUUAGAAUCAAGAAAUAAUCGUAAAAGAUGUGUUGGCAGAGCAACAAAACAUCUAGGAGAUUUGUGUUUUCAAGCUGGUCUGCUUGGUGAUGCUCUGAAUUAUUAUAAUAGUGCAGCAGCAACAUUACAAGCAGUCAACGAUUGGCUAUGGCUUGGAGCAGCUUAUGAAGGACUUUGUGCUGUCUCUGCUUUAAUUUUAUACCCAAACAUGUGCAGAAGUCUACCUCUACAAAGAAAUUCGUCUCUACAAGAAGGUAGUCCAGGAAAACAAAGGCGAGGCUCGCAAGCACCUACUGUUUUACCAGCACCGCCGACAAUUGAAGCCGUAAAAGCUACAAUGCCAUACAUUUUACCGCCAGAAGAAAUAUGCAAAAAAUACCGCGAAGCAAUUGUACACUACAGUAAAUAUCAAAACGCUGGUAUUAUUGAGACUGAGGCAAGCUUUAAAGCUACUAGAAUUUCUAUUGAACAGAAUUUAACAUUGCAAGCAGCUUCAUUUCUAAACAACGCAUUGUUUAAUAAUAUGACUAUGAAUGAGCAAGAAAAGAUUGAUCGCUUUACUACAUUGUCCGAAUUAUACGCCUCAUUUGGCUAUUCGCGGAAAUCUUCUUUCUGCUUAAGAUACGCUGCUUCGAGGUAUGUUUCACAGUACAAUCCAAAUCCCGACUGGCAGCAAUGUUACAACUUGCUUUUACAAGCUACAGCUGGAUUCAAGUUAUCUUUAGAUCCAGUGGAAAUGACACUUGAAAACAGAAAAGGCUGGCCAUCCAUUCAAAUUCAUUUAUUAAACGAGUUAGUAACAGCGGCUAAUCGUAUGGGUAAUCCAUCGUUAGCAACGAGACAUCUUACCUUUCUUCUACAGACAAUGUACAACUAUCUCACUCCAACUGAAAGAAAAGAUGCAGCAUUUCAACUGCAAGCUGUAUCUCAGCAAAGUGAAGGUGCACCUGUUCCUCUCGUACUUGAUUCCGGUACAGUAAUUCCUCCAGCCAAUUUAACAAAUAUUCCUCGAACGAAGUCGUUCACCCUAAAAAAUUUGCAACCACAUUUGCAACCUCAAAAAAUUAAGCGUGUAAAGGAAGACCAUGGUCCAUUUCUAUUUACACCGAUAAAUUUCGGCUCUUUAGAGCGUAAAAAUCCAUCCAAAAGUAAAGUUGACUACUUGUGGGUAGAUGGUGAUAUAUGCGAAGUAUCAAUGCAACUGAUAAACCCGUUGCCUUUCGAGCUUCACGUCUCAAACAUGAGGCUAUUGACCAAUGGAGUUGUUUUCGAGUCUAUACCCGAAAGUAUUACACUACCUGCAGAAUCGAGUACCAUUGCUGUUACAUUAGCUGGCACACCGAGGGAAGUUGGUGAUCUAGAAAUUUUGGGAUUUAGUACACAUACACUCGGAGUAAAAUCUAACUGCAGGUUAAGACAUAUGGAAAAUAUGCCUCAUCCUUCUUACACUGUUGAAGUUGUACCUGCGUUACCAAGAAUAAACGUGGAGACGAGUCUUCCGAGAACAACAAGUUUUAGUUCGGGAGAGAACAUCGUAACUAGUGCCAGCAUUUCUCUGUACGGAGGAGAAAAUGCUGAAUGUACUAUAACAAUAACAAACGUCAGCCAAGUACCUAUCGAGAUGGUAGAAAUUUCAGUGCAAUCAACAUUAGACAAUCUCACAGAAGCCAAAGUAUUCACAUGGAGCGAUGAGAAUUUGCAAGCUCAGUUACCCUUGCAACCUCAAGCUAGUGCCUGUAUUACUUUGUACAUGUACGCUGCUAUAGAUUUUGUUGUACCACACUCGCAACAUGAAAUUUCAAGCACAUACCUCAGUCAACCAAACAGCUUGAUGUCGCACUCAGGUCCAAGCUCUCUACCAUCACGACUAAGUUCCCCGUCGCACUACACCAAAAGACAUACCGAGUUAACAUCAUCUUUUCGUUCAGGUACGAGUUCAAACUCGUCGAAUUCCAUGAGUAGUGCGCGAUUGUCCAAACUUGCGAUGCCAUUGCAUGCAUCUAAUAUCGUCGAAGGUCAAUUGAAAAUUAAAUACUCUGGUAGUGCUGGCUUGACUGCUGGAUACUGUAGAGUCUCGUCAGUGUUUAUCACGAUAGAGAUGUUGCCUAGUGUUCAGAUUACUAGUUGGGAUGUCUUACCGGCGGAAACACCUACGCAAUUUUAUUUAGUAUUAGACGUAACAAAUAUGACAAAUCACGAAAUGGAAUUACACUAUACGCAAAGUAAAUGCAUUUAUAUGGAGGGUCGAGAGUCUUGUAGAAUUCCUAUUCCGGUUGAUCGCUGCCCUUUGAAUAAAUUGGUAAUAAUAACUAAUGGACCAGGGAACAAUGAUGACUUACAAAAAAUUUGUGCAGAUCAUAUAGCAUCACUAGCUGAACUAAAGUGGCGCCUGUUAGGUACUGAAUCCAAAGGAAAGGCUACCUUGUCAGGUAUAACUUUGACGCAGGAUAUGUUAGAUUUAGUAAGGAUGAGCCCGUUACAAUGGGAGGUCACAAUAAACGACACACUUUUCAAAGCUCAGGAUGAAGUCACGUGUAAUUUAGGAGAAUGUGUUAACGUUGGUGUUGCCGUUUCAAAUGCUUUAGAAAAUCCUUUGAGAAAUUUAAUGUUGUCUAUCAAUUUGUACCAAGACCAUCAUAAUGGUGUUAAUAAUUACAGAUUAGAUACUAGAGUUUCAAUUGCAGGAGCUAAUAAAGUUAUGCUUCCAACAUUACAAGAAUCCGGACGUGCCUAUCACGAGUGUCGCGUAGUUUUUCUUACUGCUGGGCAGUACAAAAUUGAUAUUCAGUGCAGCAGUCGCGAAUCAUCGGUCGAUUCGACAGCAGCUUAUUCGGAAUUGGCUAAUGCUGGUCACACAUGGCGUUAUAUACCACCAGUUGAAAUAAGAGUGGAGGAUUAUUGAUUAUGUUGUUUAUUGCUUAUUUAUAUUACUAUAUUUAUUUAUUAGUAUUUUGAAAA